AUGGUCAAUGGACGAUAUUGUGUUUGUGUUUUAGAACCAUUUAUACGCAACGCAAAUCUGAAUACGAAUGUAAAAUGGACACAAAAUGGUAUCACUGUGGCUGGAGGAAAUGGACAAGGUAGUGGAAUAAAUCAGCUUUAUGGUGCACGGGGUUUGUUUGUUGAUGAUGAUAAAGCUAUCUACAUUUCUGACUAUUCGAAUCAUCGCAUUGUGGAAUGGAAAUGUGGUGCAACAAUUGGUCGAGUUGUGGCCGGUGGAAAGGGAAAUGGAAACGGUCUUGAUCAAUUGAGUUAUCCUACAGAUGUGAUUAUUGAUAAAGAAAGAGAUAGCCUCAUCAUUUGUGAUCUUGGUAAUAGCAGAGUAGUACAAUGGCCUCGUCAAAAUGGUAAGACUGGAGAAACGAUUAUCUCAAAUGUUGAAUGUCAUGGUUUGACAAUGGACGAUGAUGGAUUGCUCUAUGUUACUGAUUGGAAUAAACAUGAAGUCAGACGAUAUCGAAUAGGAGAAACUCGAGAAACAGUGGUUGCAGGUGGAAAUGGACAAGGGAAACGUUUCGAUCAGUUGAAUGGACCAAUGUGCGUAUUCGUCGAUCGAGAUCAUUCAGUUUACGUAUCAGAUUACAAUAAUCAUCGUGUGAUGAAAUGGAUGAAAGAUGCGAAACAAGGCAUUGUUGUGGCUGGUGGUCAAGGUCAAGGAAAUAGUCUGACAAAAUUAUCGAAGCCUUGGGGAGUUGUCGUGGAUCAGACAGGUACUAUCUAUGUGUCUGACUGUUCGAAUCAUCGAAUAGUGUGUUGGUCACAAGGAGCUACACAAGGAAGAAUCAUUGUUGGUGGAAAUGGUCAAGGAAACCAAUCAAAUCAGUUCUAUGACCCCACCAAUUUACAUUUUGAUGAAGAGGGCAAUCUCUAUGUGAUUGAUAAUGGAAAUCAUCGAGUACAAAAGUUCAACAUUGAUUGA